AUGGUUCGGAAGUUGAAACAUCACGAGCAGAAGCUCUUGCGCAAGGUCGACUUCACGACCUGGAAGCAGGACAAUGACCACCGGGCCUCAGCAGUCGUCCGUCGCUACAUGAUCCAGAAGCCGGAAGAUUACCACUCAUACAACCGGAUUUGCGGCUCGAUUCGCCAGCUGGCGCACCGGAUCAGCCUCCUGCCGCCCGACAACGCGGUACGCAAGCGCCACGAGGACUUACUGAUCGAAAAGCUCUUCGACAUGGGCAUCCUGUCCAACAAGGACAAGUUUUCGGGCGUUGAGCACCACGCGACAGUGUCGGCCUUUGCCCGACGGCGUCUGCCCGUAGUCAUGACGCGGCUGCACAUGGCGGACACGAUCCAGGCGGCGACCGUGAUGAUCGAGCAGGGCCACGUGCGUGUGGGCACGGAGACGGUGACGGACCCGGCAUUCCUGGUGACGCGCAACCUUGAGGACUUUGUCACCUGGACGGUCGGCAGCAAGAUCAAGCGUCACAUCAUGCAGUACCGGGACGAGCUAGACGACUACGAGCUGCUGUGA